GUCAGUCUGUAUGUGUAUACACAGCGUAACGACAUGCCGUUUCCUUCUCACCUGAGAGCUCCAACGAAAAAGCACACACCAAAAGUCGGACCUCUGCUUUUUUUUUUAUGCUCCCUCUCUCUCUCUCUCUCUCUCUUACUUUCCCACUUUACUUUUCAGUUCUAAUCCGCAGAUCAAAAAACCAACCGAAAUCCCAGUUCAAUUCGAACUCCCCAUUUCCCGAAAGCUUCAAGCUUUUUUCAAUGGUGACCAUCACAGAGGAAAACGAAGGCCAACACCGCCGUGACCCGAAACCGAAACCGAAACCGAAACGGUCGUCACCAGAAGAGAUCAAGCCAACUCCACCACCAAAACGCACUUCGCCGCCGCCAAAACCACCGCAAAACUCUCAAAAUCCAUUCGCUUUCUGGUUCUACUGCACUCUCACUGUCUCUCUCGUCACCGUCGUCUUCAUUUCUCUCUCCUCUCUUUCUCCGCAAGACCCAAAGUCUUGGUUUUUGAGCCUGCCAGCCGCUCUCCGCCAGCACUACUCCAAGGGUCGCACCAUAAAGGUACAAACUCACCCGAAUCAGAACCCGGUUGAAGUUUUUUGUACUGAGAAAGGGUCUGUGGGAUCGGAAAAUGUUGUUAUUGUUCAUGGGCUGGGACUCAGCUCCUACUCUUUUCGAAAAGUUGUUAAAUUUUUAGGGUCCAAAGGGGUUCGUGCGGUUGCGUUUGAUUUGCCCGGAAACGGGUUUUCGGACAAAUCGGUGGUGGAGGUUGGAGAGGAGGAAACUGGGAUUUUAGGGAGGUUUUGGAAUGUAUAUGGUGAAAUUCAGGAAAAGGGUUUGUUUUGGGCAUUUGAUCGGAUAAUCGAAACAGGGCAGAUGCCGUAUGAGGAAAUCGAAGCUCGGGUUUCGAAACAGAAGGUUGUGAAGCCGAUUGAAAUGGGUCCUGAGGAGAUUGGUAAGGUGGUGGGGCAAGUAAUUGAGACGACAGGUUUAGCUCCUGUGCAUUUGGUGUUGCAUGAUUCAGCUUUGGGGAUGGUUGCCAAUUGGGUUUUGGAAAAUGUGGGAUCGGUGAGGAGUGUAACGCUUAUUGAUACCUCACCCAGAUCGACGGGUGCUUUGCCUUUGUGGGUUUUGGGAGUGCCAAUGAUUAGGGAGUUUGUGCUGAGGUUUUCACAUGCUUAUGCUUGGUUGGUUAAAAUGAGUUGCUCAAGGGGGAUUGAUGUUUCGGAUGUCGAUGCACAUAGACUUCUGUUGAAGGGUAGGGAUGGGACGAGGGCCAUUGUUGGGAUGGGAAAGAAGUUGAAUCAUAGCUUUGAUAUAGCAGAAUGGGGGGGUUCGGAUGGAUUGAAAGGUGUGCCAAUGCAGGUGCUUUGGUCUAGCAGUUGGUCCAAGGAAUGGAGUGAAGAGGGAAACCGUGUUGCAAGUGCACUUCCACAGGCAACUUUUGUCACCCAUUCCGGUGGGCGGUGGCCUCAGGAGGACGCAGCUGAUGAGGUAGCUGAAAAUAUUUCUUAUUUUGUGUCCUCAUUGCCUGCAACUGUCAGAAAGGUUGAAGAAGAGCCGAUCCCCGAGCAUAUUCAGAAAAUGCUCGAUGAAGCAAAAGGCAGCGACCAUCAUCACCAUGACCAUGGUGACGGGCAUGACCACCAUCAUAGUCAUGGAGCUAGUUAUCCUGAUGCGUACGGUCUUGGCCAUAGCCAUGGAUUGGCAAGUUGAUGAGUUUUAUUGUGUUUUCAACUUUUUCCCAAGUCACCAUGCGGUUGAGGUAGAAAGUAGAUUCAGGCCACUGGAUUAAUCCAUUUGCUCUGCCAUCAACGCUCGGAAAUUUUCCUGAAUCAGCCGACCCCAUUUAGUGGGAUAAGGCUUUGUUGUUUGUUUGUACAAUAUUCCUCGAUGAAGACGUUUGUUCUGCUGAAUCUUUUAAGUUUGUGAUGUAUUGUAUUUUGUAUUCUGAAUUUAAGAAAGGAAGCUGGUUGAUAUCUGUGAUCAAAUAUGAUACUUCUUUUUACCAAAAAAAAAAAUAUAUAUGAUACUUCUGUAUU